AUGGCCUCAGCACGACCCAGCACGUCUGGGAGCCUGACGGCCAAGGGGUCAUCACGGAGUAACUUGGACAAGAGGAUGUCGAAGGACGACAUGUUUUUCAGAACUGCACGACAAAAACAGGGCCUCGACAAACGAGUAUCCAGGGACGACAUGUACAUCAGAAGUCGCAUGGCUGAGAUGUCUCAGUACCACGUGCCCGUCCGGGGUUCAACACUGACCCCAGAGCACAGCCCGAAUUUUCCAGUAAUACACGAGGUGUCUAUACCGAUCAGGGUGCAGACUCCAGAGUCAAUAACUUCGGGCGAAAUUCCAAUAGGGAUGGCUUUGGGGAGCCCUCCGUUACGACCAGAUCCCUCACCCUCGAGAUGGCAGGCUCAGUUUCCACCAGCGUCUCCUCAGAUGAUCAGCUCUUCAGAACCCUCAUCCGCGGGUGCGGCUCCCGUUGGGUCUUUGCAAAGGAAAAAGACCGGGAGGCGGAAGCUGUUCGGUGGGCUAUUCGGUGGUGGGAAGAAAAAGGAAGAAGUGCACGGGCUGGCACAAACCGACGCUGGCAAGUCGACCAUAACACUUGCGCGAACUGUUGAAGUAUCAACGUCGUCUGUGAACGUGGCUACAAAGCCAACACCCACGAGGAGCAAUACCCAAGCGGAACGAAAGGUACCGAAGCACAAGCCGAUCAUGAUCCGAUCGAAUACGAUGCCUCAAAACGUUGACGAGCCGCCUACCCAACCAAAAAGCGCUGGGCUACCUGGACGCCAAGGGAAUACAUAUCGGCAGCAGCAAGCGAAUAUUCCUCCUAUUCCGUCAUUUCUGGAUGUGAAUAUUCCCGACACAAAGUUGGAGCGGUACAGCGUCAUGUUUAGCGAUCUCCUUGGGCACCCUCAACCGAAGCAAGACUCUGCUGGAUCGUUAUUGUUGAGACGACAAGCAACAUUGCAGCGGUUGAAGACAAUCGACGACAAGGUCGAGGCAGAGGAGAUGGAGAAAGAACUUGAGGCUAUUCCCAAUGCCAUCCGAAGGCCGUGUGACUCCCGCUUUGGAUACUCCUACGAGUCGUUCCCGGCAGAUGAGAUCGAACACUUCACCAGGAAGACUACCCUCGCCAACGCAGGCAACUUUCGACACCAAGCCAGGUCCAAGUGCACCGUCGAAGAGCCAUGGCCCUACAUUAGUUACAAGUCAGGUCUCAUACUCGACUCACCAACUGAGAUGGACUCUCCUGCCGACGAAAUCGUCAUCUCGCAGCCUUUCAAGCCUACACUCCACGAGCCACAAUGGCAGAUGGUCUCACCGCAAUCAGUCUCCGCAUCAUCUACCGCCGCCUCGGUGUUAUCCGGCCCCCGUCAACGCUCGCCCUCGGCAGCCUCCUCUGCUACGGCACACACGCAUGCCACCAAGCCAUCGAGCGACUUGGACGAGGCAGACGCCGCGUUCCAGAGCGCGGUGGAGGUCAGCAUCGCGCGUCAGAUCAGCAUCUCCCGGCAGCAGCGGCAGCUCUUGCGGCCGCUGCAGACGAGGAGGGGAACCGCCGGCGCGGAGCGCAGCGCAUCUGUCAGCCCGCUCGGGGUGAAGAUUGUGAAAUCGCCAAGCCCGAGCAGGCGUCUCACGGACGAAGAGUCGAUCAAAGAGACUAAGAGCAGCACACCGACGUUGAUCCACCCGAGGGAGAGCCCAGUCAACCCAGCACACCUAGCGCAGAACAGGAAGAGCUCGUGGGCGGUUGUGGAAGGCGGUUGA